AUGAGUACAUCAACUACCAUAAUGGUAGAUGAUUUCCAAAGUGCGAAGUGAUACUUGACCUAUUUUCAAGCAACAACAACUUGAGAAAGCAUGGCAGCUGACUUCAAGACAGCCCAGCCUGUUGAAUAUUAUAGAAAGUUUGUGGAAAAAGAUGUCAGACCUGAUGGACGUGAACUGGGGGAAAUACGUCCAACAAUGAUCAACAUAGGUUCUAUUUCUACAGCAGAGGGAUCUGCCCUAGUGAAAUUGGGGAAUACCACAGUGCUUUGUGGUGUCAAAGCUGAGGUGACAAACCCAAAGAGUGAAGAACCAGAUAAAGGGAUAAUAGUUCCCAAUGUUGACCUCCCAGCGUUGUGUUCCCCUAGAUUCCGUCCAGGCCCCCCAAGUGAGCAGGCCCAGGUGGUCAGCCAGUUUAUGGUGGAAGUCAUUCAAAAUUCUGGCUGUAUAGAUCCAAAGGAUUUAUGUAUUAAAGCAGGAAAGCAUGUGUGGGUUCUGUACUGUGACCUGGUUUGUCUGGACUAUGAUGGGAAUGUGACUGAUGCUUGUGUGCUGGCUUUAAUGGCAGCCCUUAAAAAUGUUUCCCUGCCCAAAGUGACACUCAAUGAGGAGUCGGGUAACUUGGAGACACACAUGCAGGAGAAGUGGGGGUUGAACAUCCUGUGCCAGCCUGUUGCCACUACAUUUGCCAUAUUUGAUGAUUGCAUUGUAUUUGCUGAUCCAACAGAUGAAGAGGAAAACCUUGCCACGGGAAAAGUUACCAUAGUUACAACAGAAGAAGACAAGAUAUGUUUUGUACACAAGCCAGGGGGCAGUCCUCUCUCUGAUGACAAACUACAGAAUUGUUUACAGCGCUCAUUCAUACGAGCAAGAGAGGCCAGGAAUCUAGUUGAAACGACUUUAGUCAAUGUGGACAGGUGAUAUAAAAUCGAAAUUUGGCAGUAAAUUAUCAGCAGCACCUACAGAGAGCAGCAAGUUUGGCCUGCCUAUUUUGCAUGUCAAAUGCUGUGAUCGAUUUUGUGAGAUAUACUGCAAAAUUAAUCUUGAAUGGCAUGCUCUGCUUUUAUAAAUGAAAAGCGAAACAUUCAAUGCUGAAUAGUGGAUGAAUCCUAGACUGCAGUUAGUUAAACCUAGUGCUUGGAGUCUCAUGGCAAUCAACAUUGGAAUCUAAGAUUUAAAAAACUGGAAAAGAUAUUUUGACAUUUUUGACAAUUACUCAAAGAAAGAUUCCUAUCAAAGAAUUAGGCUUCGUUCACAUGGAAAGUCUGUUUUCUAAAAAUCUAUUUUUUAUUCGCGGUAUAUC